UGCGAGAAUGAGGCCUGGUGUAAAAGCCCUUGGGGGGGCGGCACUGCUAACAUUCUGUCUGACCAAAGCUCAUUCUCCCCCCCAGCUGCCAGCGAUUCACGCUUCUCUCCGCCGGCCUGCCUCCACGCCGCUGCUGAGCGUGCUGCCGCUGCAUUCUCAUGCUCCUCUUCUCCCUGUUCCUCCAUUUCCUCUUCCUGUUCCCCUCAGAAGCUGCUGACAGCAUGAACCAGGCAUCCUUCCUGUACUUUGCCUAUGGAAGCAACCUGCUGAAGGAGAGGCUGCAGCUGGAGAAUCCCUCCGCCAAAGCGCUCUGCGUGGCCCGGCUAACGGACCAUAAGCUGGUGUUUGGGAAUCACCGGGGGUUGCCAAGCAACCGCUGGCAUGGGGGCGUGGCCACCAUUGAGCACAGUUCCGGGGAAGAUGUGUUGGGUGUGGUGUGGGAAAUGAACAUUGAUGACCUUGAAUCCCUGGAUAGACAGGAGAACGUGAGGUCCGGCAUCUACAGCCCUGUGGAGGUAUCAGUAUGGGCAGCCGGACAGAAGAUCACGUGUCGUACCUACAUCAUGAACAGCUGUGUGUACGCCUCGCCGUCUCCACAGUACCUGAAGGUGAUCGUUAUGGGCGCAGAGCAGAAUGGUUUACCGGAAGACUAUCAGAAAAAACUAAGGUCCAUUCAGACAAAUAACUAUGAAGGCACCCUAGUUGUGAUGGAUGAACUGGAGAAAGCCGUCAAGAAGUCCAGGAAAAAAGCCAAUCAUCAGUCUGACUAGCAAUGACUUUUCUGUGCACCCCUUCACAUAGGCCUUGGUUGUUUUAACCAUGGUACGGACCAGUUAUAUACAAGUGGGCAUCUGUCUGCAAGACCCGCAAUAGAUGUUAUCCCAAAAUUGUUUGUCCACAUUAUGGGAGGAAAUAAAACUGCAUUUGUUGAUUUUAGUGUAAGUCAGAUAGAUAAAUAAUUAUCUGAAAACUUA